UUUAGUUCAGGUGUGUGCUCCUUCCUUUGUUGGUUUCAUUGUUAUUUGUUUGCUUUGUUUGGCCUCUUGCCGUUUUUUUCUGCUUAUUUGCAAUCAUUUUUAAAAGAAAUACUCUUUAUCUGCAUUUUGGUGCCGCUCUCUACAUCUUGGGGUCGCAACGCAACGACCUACCUGCCGAACGUGACACUUACCACCUUCGAAUUAACUGCCAAGUGCAGGUGGGUGCCCUCAGGAAGAGCCGGCGAUCCCCCUCCAAUGCCAGAACAAAUGGAAAGUGAGCAAUAUGGGCAAGAGACAACAACCGCAACAUGCCGUGUGUCAAGACGUUGUGGUUUGGCCAUUGGCCAGUGCUGCCGAGAGAGCAAAAGGACCUGCGAUUCGUCAGGGUGGAUAAAAUGAACAACAUGUCUCCAGAAGUUGCACUGCACAGGAUCUCACCUGAGUUGCGGCCCCUGCUGAGCAGCGUGGUGCGGAAUGGCCGUGUGGGACUGGACUCCACAAAUUGCCUUCGUGUUACAGAUCUCAAAACUGGAUGUACAUCUUUGACCCCCGGUCCCUGCUGUGAUCGCUUCAAACUACACAUCCCGUAUGCUGGAGAAACCCUAAAAUGGGAUAUAAUAUUUAAUGCCCGCUAUCCAGAAUUGCCCCCAGAUUUCAUUUUUGGAGAGGAUGCUGAGUUUCUGCCUGAACCGACAGAAUUACCUCAUUUGGUCCGAUGGGAUUCAGGCAACCCAGACUGUUUGCUCCAGCUUGUCAAGGAACUUAUCCAACAGUACCACCACUACCAGUGCCAGCGUCUCCGUGAAAGCUCCAGGCUUCUCUUUGAGUAUGAUAGCCUCCUUGAGGAUCCUAACUAUGGACGCAAUAUGGAGAUUUAUGCUGGACACAAGAACAGCUGGACAGGAGAGUUUUCCGCUCGCUUUCUUCUCAAACUCCCAGUGGACUUCAGCAAUAUCCCUGUCUAUCUACUGAAGGAUACAGCACUGGACCCUGGAGAGGAUGUGGCCCUUCUGUCGGUGAGCUUUGAGGAUGCUGAGGCUACUCAAGUUUUCCCCAAACUUUACCUUUCCCCAAGUAUCGAACAUGCCCUGGGAGGCUCGUCUGCACUUCAUAUCCCAGCAUUCCCCAGUGGAGGAUGCUUGAUUGACUAUGUCCCACAAGUGUGCCAGUUGCUUACCAACAAGGUGCAGUAUGUCAUCCAAGGCUACCACAAGAGGCGGGAGUACAUUGCUGCAUUCCUCAGCCACUUUGGAAUGGGAGUGGUGGAGUAUGAUGCUGAGGGAUUUACAAAGCUUACUCUUCUACUCAUGUGGAAAGAUUUUUGCUUCCUAGUACACGUGGAUCUCCCAUUAUACUUUCCCAGAGACCAACCCACCCUCACGUUCCAGUCUGUAUACCACUUCACCAGCAGCGGGCAGCUUUAUUCUCAGGUGCAAAAGUCGUAUCCUUACAGCCCACGCUGGGACGGCAAUGAGAUGGCCAAGAGGGCAAAGGCUUACUUCAAGACCUUCAUUCCUCAGUUCCAAGAAGGAGCCUUUGCCAACGGGAAACUUUAGUGCCCUGCGGCUCCAGGGACAUGCCUGUGGUUAUGUGAAUGUGUUGGUACAUGCCAUCGCGUACCUGUGCAUGGGUACACACAGGCCAACAUGAUCCCUCAAGAAUUUACUAAGGAAUCACACAGAAUGUUAAACAAUAGAGUACAUUUGAACGGGACUAUUUUCCAGCAAAUGUCACUACACUUUUCCGUGUGUCUGCGUAAACCCCCGCAGUGAAUCACUCCAAGAAACUGUUGAAUCCUUACUCAGCAAACAUCACAUACUGUGCAAAAGCAUUCAUACAGUAUAGUACAAGUAUACUUCUACUACACACUAUGUAUCAUACUUUCUUAAGGUGAAGGCACUUGACUUGAUUUUGUCUUAAUUUCAGCAGUAAGCAAAAUAUUCCUUUCCUUUAAUUCAUCAAUAAAAUAAAGAUUUAAAAAAACACAACAGUUACUUUAUUACAAAUUACAAUGCAUUAGCAUUUUGUACUGAGUCAGACUAAAUUUUCAUGAGAAAAGGCACCACAGACGAAUGUGCGAAUUACUGUGCGUUUGCAGUCCAGCCUGAAACAUUGUGUACUUUAUAUACAAACACAUUCAUACAUUUUCUAACUUGUUUUAGAAUUUCAUCAUCGCUCUUUAAUAGAACUACUGUAAGAAGGACAUUUCUGCAAUAAGUUGUCCAAGCGCUGCAACACUACAGGUAAUACCAACAAAACUCUCUGUGACUGAUAACAAUGUACAGAUGACGCAGUAGCAUUGCAGGAUCAGGCUGAACUGGUUUUAGCUAGUUGUAAACAGUCAAGGGUCUGUGCUAUGAAGAACUAUAUAUGCUAUAUAUACGUAUGAAGUCUCACCUUCCAUGUGCUACAAUAACUAGUAUUUCUGGACUGCAGCAAAACUACAGAUAUGGUGAAUGGACAACAUUAUGACAAAUGUCCGAUAAUGCCAUGAUGCCUUUCAUUAUAAAGGAAGUGAAUAAACCAUAUUUUUAGUAGCUGCUGUUAUAAUGUCUAUAUAAUUAUGCUCAUUGGCCUUUUUUUUUUUUCAAGAGCCCCAGCAACAAAGCUGGUUAAUGUAGUUUAUUUGGACGCAUUGGCCAGUAGUGAUGGUAUGAGCGCACAACUUUGACCCUGAAUUGAUACCCGAAUACAAUGCAUUGUUCUAUUAUUGUUCAAUAAAAAAAGCAUAUUAUUUCCAAUUGUGUUGAGAUACAUGUACACGUGUCUCUCGCCCAAAGUCAGCUGGGAUAGGCUCCAGCAUACCCCUGCAACCCCAGUGAGGACAAGCUGCAUCGGAAAUGGAUGGAUUUCACUUUAUUUGGUUAUUUACAACGAUAAAACCAAAAUAAUAAGGUGUGUGUUUCCAUUCUUUUAUUGUGUUUAAAUAUUUUUUGCGGCCAUGUUCCGCCCCACCCAGAAGUCAGUACAAGAAACCUCUACCCUACAAUGCUCAAACGUUGCUAAAUUAAAAGCUACUUCGAAAACAGUUUUGCCGCUCUACUAAUUAUUUUUAAUUUAGUCCUCUUUCCCUUAUUACUGGCCCUUGACGACUUUGUGGCGACACAAAAAGGUUUGUCAGUUCAAAGCUAAAAAUGUGAUGAGUUUUGUAUUCUGUCCAGUGGUCAGUUGUUGCUCUUAUGUAAGGCAUUUCUUAUUAUUAAGAUCACUUUGUGAAUAUUGCCAAGUAGUUUUCUGUGUGUUUUAUCAGGCAACAUGGCAAACUCAACCUUUCCACCUUUAGGAAAAGUGGACAACUACCCACGGGCUCUGGCAGUGAUUCUUUUCAUGUCUCUGGUCGUAAUGAUCCAUCUGCUGAUCAGCCAGAAGACGCUUCCACCGACGGACAGAGCAACACUCACCGGUAAGUUAAAUAGUUUAUUUUGAUAUGUGGAUAGGUGGUUAGCAUGUUGGCCACACAGUCAGGAGAUCUAGGUUAGAUUCUCUACUUUGAUACCUCUGUGUGGAGUUUGCAUGCUCUUCCCAAGCGUGCGAUUCCUCCCACUUUCCAAAAGUUAGGUUAAUUGGCGACUCCAAAUUGUCCAUAGGUAUGAAUGUGAGUGUGAAUGGUUGUUUGUCUGUAUGUGCCCUGUGAUUGGCUGGCGACCAGUCCAGGGUGUACCCCGAUGAAGUCUCGCCGUCUCUGCACCAGUAUAAUCCGUGACCUUGGUGAGGGUCCAUUCUUCUCGUAAUGGGCAACUCGUAUUAACAUAAAAAACAAAAUUCCAAAGGCCUCACCAGCCGUGAACAUCACCACACGUCACUGGUGGUGAUCUCUGGUUCAAAUUGGAGCAUCUUUAUGUGGAGCUUGCAUCCCAAAAACAUGCAUAUUCGGUUAAAGGACCCUAAAUGAUCAAGGACCCUUAUGAGGUGUAGGGGUUUUUUUUUUGCAGUUGUAUGAGGGUGCACUUUGUACACCAUAGUUAAAUCAAACAUUAAACAUGCUUUAAAUGAGUGAGGGACUGUUCUUUUCAAGCCCUCAAGUGUAUUUGCUUAAUAAGGAGCCGCACCACAGAGGCUUUGUGUGUGUGCGCCACACUUCCAUGUACAACAUGCACGUGUAUGAGCGAGCCGGAGUGUACGCGCUCGCUUGUUUUCAUCAUUAAAUAUGAGGGUCAUAGUUAGGGGUCCUUGCUGUCCUGAGGCUCAGCCUUUUGCUAUAUUUAUUGUCGGUAAUGCAGCAACUGUCAAGUCUAAUUGAGAACUAUAGGCUGAAUGUUUCUGGGGCAUUUAAUAGCAUCUAGGCUCUUAAUAAAAAAUAAUUAAAAAGCAAGAUUCUUUUUGUCUUUUUUACUGCCCCACUCCAUGUAUCUUGCUGUAACCUUUGCUGACCUGCUUACAAAACAUUGCCUUUGUCAGCCGCGGGAUGAGCUGCUCUUGUUUUCAAGAGUUUGCUUUUCAAGGGGGGAGGGGAGUUCAAAGUGGGGUCAGAAGGAUGGCUGGGAUCUUUAAAGAGUAGUUGAACUUGACAGUCAACUUUAGACGUCUCAAAAGGUAGCGUGUGAUUUGUAAUACUGAUGAAUCUCUGGGUUGACCAAGUCCAGAACCUGAACUUGAAAAAGUAAUUUCGGGGUUGAUGUUGGGUUUAAAAAAAAAAAAAGGAGUGAUUCCGCCUUAAUUUAUUUGAAUAUAGGCUAUGACACUGCAUUCGAGAAGUUUAAUUACCUACCUUGACUUAUUAAAGCCUAAAGUUCAGCACUCAGUUUGACGUUGACCCAAGGUGACAUAAUCCCUUUAAGUAUCUUGUAAACAGUCCCCUUGCAAAAUGUCUUUAAUUGUGUCACCUCUGCGAUGCUUAAGUCACUUUGACUUAGCCUUGCUUUCUCCAUCGUGGCUUCACCUUUUACACAAAUUAACAUGGCUUUAUCCUCUGUAAUGAUGCAGUGAAGGUGCAGCUAAAGGUACUUUUUGAAGAUGCCUCUCAGCCCCCCUCCCGAAUCACAGUGCAGAGGUCUGCCAGCCCUUCCAGCUAAUACUCCACAAAUCCACUAAUCCAGACGCCUUUAAAAGAUCUCAAUGGCAGUCGGAUGGAAUCAUUAAAAGCUGGAAUAAUUAGCUUGGGAUCUUUGGAUGGGGGCUGAUUUGAAUUGAUGAGAUGGUGUGUGUGUGUGUUUGUGUGUGGUCUGGCAAAGUUCAUGCUCUGCUGGGCCUAGACUCAAUUUGAGGAGCAAUGGAGGAUGCAAUGGUCAAUUUCCCCUUGGAGGUUGAAUGGCUGAUUUAGCCUCCUUUCACUCUUUGGGAAUCUUCCUAUUUUGUUGCUUGAGGUGCGAAGGCUUCCAUACUGGUGGAAGGACACUGAGUGUACAAAAGCUAUACUGUUAAUUAGAGAGCCAUGUUGUGUGUUGCAGAAGCAGGUGUCCUCGUAGCUCAUGGCAGCUGGCAAACAUGUACAUUAGCAUUAGAUUAGUUUUAAGUGCACUGGUGACAGCGCUCUAAGCAGAUAGCUUGUAGGGAGUAAGGACCCCACCAGCCAGGGGUAGUGACAAGUGUGUGAAACAGGAUCACUUAAAGCUCUCGAAGGAGUACCUUUUUUGUGCAAAUAUCCCAAAGUUGGCUGUUGGCAUUGCUCACCCGUGCUUCACCCCCGAAUUGAAAAGCAUCAAUAUAGAGAUGCAAGUAGACCUUUUCUCGUUGAAAAUAGAACACAACACAACUGUCACCAUCCAAACAUUUAAGUGUGCAGUCAGUGUGUUAGAUCCCAAGUUAACCACUAUGAAAUGGUAAUGAUAAUGGUAAUGGUUUAAUUUCAUUUGAACAUGCAUCAGAUUACAAUUGAAUGCAUCACAUAAUCAGUUCACAGUUCCACAUGUCCAAAAGGAGUAGGAAGAAGCAAAGCUUAUUAAAUCCUACCCCUCCAUCUGGUACUUUUACAAUCAUUAACUGUUACAUUUGUUCACUUCCUGCUUUCCUAAUACAGUUUUUUUUUGUCACGUACCGAAGUACAAGGUGAUAUGAUCAUUAUGAUCAUACAAUAACAUAAUGGGUACC